CUACCAGUGUCGUUGCGACAACGAAGCAUCUAAUAAAAUUGUGGCACGCUAAUCUAUACAACCAAAAAAUGAUGUUCAAAGGGCUCGAAAAUUCAACCUCCGUAAUAACGCUGCUCAACUUUUACCAACUCCGCCAAGUGUUACUUGUGUGUUAUUUCCUAUCUAUAAUUUAUAUAUUUGCUGUAAAAGAAGAAUUAUAAUAAAUGGGAGUACAUUAAUUCUACUGCUCACAUCACCGACCCAUCUUCUUCCUUGACACUUUGAAGUUUGAAGGCCUUCUCCAGAUUUUCGUUUUCUUAGGAUUUUCCAAUCCUCAUCUUCCUAAUAAUUGAUUACUCCUAAUUAAGUGAAACAUUAAUUAUGAGUAAUCAAUUACAUCAGGAAGAAGAAGAUUCGUCUUUGUUGGUUGCUUUCUGGCUUUGUAGCUCCGAAUUCCUCCUCAUGAUAAAUUGAUUACUCUUAAUUAAGAGAAACAUUGAUUAUGAGUACUCAAUUAAAUUAUGAGGAAGAAGAUUCGUCUUUGUGGGUUGAUUUCUGCCUAUGUGUUUUCGAAUUGGGCUAGGUAAUUGAGUAGACGCCGAUCUUGCCUCACCCGCACAAUCCAGCGAUUUCAGUUAUGGCUUGAGUAAGACAGGGGCUGCAAUCGAUCGUUGAGUAUCAUAUUGUCCUGCAACAAAAACUCUGGUACUUUGUGAACCUUCUGAAGUUGUACUGUCAUUUGGAUAGCUGGCUCUUGAAAACUAAGGUAGUUCCUUUACUUUAAAAUUUUAUACAGUCAAAUACCAUUGAUCUAUACUUAAUAGAAUAUGACUGACGAUGCAUCUCAUUCUCCUAAUAAACCCCAAAGUAUGAAACUGAAGAAUGUGUGGUUUACAUUUCAAUAUGAUAUAUCAUUGCUCAAAUUGUUAAACUUCCGUUUUUAUUUGGCUCUCCAAUUUGGCAGAAUUACUAUGAAUAAGAGUACUAAACUUUUCACUAUAAGCUUUACUAAGCUACUAUCUGAUAUCAUCAACUGGUAUGGUUUGCCACUACCACUGUACAAACAUUACCAUAAGCAACGACGACAACAAUAUGUAGCAAUCAUAAAACUGAGAACUACACAAGAUGGCCCGACAAUAAAAAUCAAAAGCCAACGUUCAAAGGAUUUGGCAACAGCAAAGGAGCAUGCUGCACAAAUAGCCAUACACAAAUUAAAGGAAUCCUACCAAUUUGACAUAGCUGACUUCAACUUAGAUGCCAUCCGCCAUGAAAGAAAAAAACGGCGUGUAGCAGACAUUAAAAGAGUAAAAGAAGAAAUGAGCUUUGAACCUUAAAGCACAAUUAUAUGGAUGUUUGUGAGGAAAAUACGGCCCUAAUACAAGAGCUACGUUGGGCCAAGAAUUUGGGAUACGUCUUACAUUAGAAAUCUAGAAUGAGCUGCUGGUGUUUUGUUUUUUCGUGAUAUUUUGGACGAAUAAAAUGUAUCUUACUUAUGUAAGGAUUUUGACAAAGGUUUUAAUUUCAUAAUCUUUAAUUUCAAAGAAAUCAUGGUGUAGAUCCAACCACCAUACUUUAUUGUAGUUCGGAAAACAGGUAUGGAAAGUGGAGAUGAAGCUAGACAUAGAAGGCUAUUGCGACGUUUCAUUCUCAUACAAAGGAGAAAUAGAGCCAGAAACAAUAACCCAACCCAUGUCAUGGUCACAGAUUCUCGGCCAAGGCAUCUGCCAGUGAUUUGGCCACAGCACCCAAUGCCGUCAAUGAUGAAUGCAGUACAAAGAGUAGGUAUGGAUAAUGGAGAUGAAGCUAAGCAUAGAAGGCUCUUGCGACGCUUCAUUCUCAUACAAAGGAGAAAUAGAGCCAGAAACAAUAACCCAACCCAUGUCAGGGUCACAGAUUCUCGGCCAAGGCAUCUGCCAGUGAUUUGGCCACAACACCCAGUGGCGUCAAUGAUGAAUGCAGUAGAAAGAGCUCACCGCUCACUUACAUCAAGAGGAGAAACAAGUGCACCAAACAAUAAUGUUAUUGGUUCUGGUACACCUUCAAGACGACGUAGAAGGAGUGAGAAUAGAGAGUCUACCUCAUCUUUGCGGCGUAGACUAAAUUCUUCAUUACCACCUGAUGGUUCAAUGACUCCUACUACUGAAACUGAUAUCCAAAACACCAGAUCUCCUCAACCCAACUUGAACAGAGUGGGCAGCAACAUCUCAAGGAAUACACUAGAAGGGUCUGCAUCACACGCAUUGCAUCAUAGAAAGUACACCCGACCAUGGACCUUUGGUGGGCCUAAACACGUAUGUUCGCAUUGUGGUGCAAGAGUUUGGAUCCAGGAAAGAGUAAAGAGAGAAAAGAGAGUACUUGAAGUUGUUACUUGACCCUAAAACGGGCUCUCAGUCAAGAAAAUUCAAGGAAAGCAUUAGAUCUUACAACUCCAUAUUUGCAUUCACAUCAAUGGGUGGACAAGUGGAUAAGACAAUCAACAGAGGGAGGGGUCCAUAUGUCUUCAGAAUUAAUGGUCAGAAUCACCAUAAGAUUGGAUCUUUGCUACCACCAGAUGGGGCACAACCAAGAUUCACCCAACUAUAUGUUUAUGACACCCAUAAUGAAGUUGAGAACAGAAUCAACUCACUGACAAACAAUGCAGAAAGUGAUCUUGAUCCCAAAAUAGUGGACGGCCUUGCAAAAAUGUUAAAUCAACACAAUCCACUUGCAAAAGUCAUCAGAAUGGCCAGGGAACGCUACUCCAAUGUUGAAAUGCAACCUGUUCGGGUUCGUCUAAUUGGUACGCGAUCUAAGGAUGGCAGACAAUAUAAUUUACCGUCCACUAAUGAACUUGCAGCCUUGAUUGUAGGCAACGGUGAUUGUAACUCAAAACACCACUCUUGGAUAACGCCACACGAUCGAACCCUGAAGUGGAAAGUCACCUGCUAGCAAAAAGGCUAAUCCUGGAAAAAGCCACAGACACAACUACUGGAGUAGAAACACCACUCUUGGAUAACGCCACAGGAUCAAACACUACAGUGGCAAGGCACCUGCUGGAUAACGCAUCAGAAAAUGACACUAGAGUGGAAAGGACUGCAAGGAAGAGAAACAGAAAUGAAAUGGAGACAGACAAAGAAACAACUACAACCGCCAACCGUGAAAACUAAAACAAGCAUUGGUAAACGAAGACACAACCAUGCCAAGGGGAGAUACGGCCACAUUAAAUUAUGCACCAAAUAAGAGGAAUACCCUCAAUAAUUCCAACAAAAUCAACAUUAGUUUACUUUAUCAUGGUUAAGAUACAAUUUAGAAUUUGAGUACAGCUUCGACCAAAACUGAAAAAACAAAUGUACGUUUCCAGGGAAUUUCACUAUAUAAACAAGUUUAACAUUUUCAUUUA